GAAAGAGAAAAAUGUUUCAAACACCGUCGGUAGGCCCGCCCCACCUAGGAGGGGCUGCGGGGCAGGCUCCAAGACCCGCUGCCUUCCCAGGGGCUGCUUCCAGUGCGCGAGGUAGGUGGGAGGGGGGACAAGGGAGAGAGAACAGAGGAAUGGCGUGUGGGUGGGUGCGUGGGGAGGGGGAAUGAGUGUCGGAUGGCCUCCUCUGAACUUAAUCCUGCCUGUUUGUGAAUCCGUCCUGUAUUAUCUCAGGUGGGGCGGUUCCGCCCGUCCCCCUCCCCGAGCCGCCCAAGUAUGUGCCGCCGGACGAGCAGCAGUGGGUGCCGGCGGCCCUCACGGCCAAGCUCCCCCCCAAGACCGUGCCGCGGGAGACCACCCGGGCGCGGUAUCAGCAGUUGCUCAAGGACAAGAAGGUCAAGAUGUACGAGGACGCCCUCGCAGAGGCCCUCCGGCGUGAGCGGCUGGCGGCCACCGGCGUCACGCCAGACGCCAUGAAUUUUCGCAUCAAAUACGACACACGAGUGGGUGGCAGAGGGCGACUGGGGGGAAGAGAGGCAGGCGGUCAUCCCAUCAUGGUUGGCAUGGUUGUGUCUGGCUGGCGUGUGUGCGGUGUGCAGUUCGGUCAGAACUUGUAUUUGGUCGGUUCGGUGGAGCCCCUGGGGCUGUGGGACCCGAGCCGUGCGGUCAAGAUGACCUGGAACGAGGGCAACAUGUGGACCUGCACCGUCAACCUGCCCGUCUGUAAGCACCAAGCACACCAGCACAGACAGACAAACCAAUUCACGCACGACGCAACCCUUUUUUUUUGCGACUGUGUGUACGUUUCCUCCCUCCCUCCCUCAAUCAAUCGAUCAGCGAUCGGCGAGGUUGAGUACAAGUACAUCGUGCGGCAGGACAACAUGGUGGACUGGGAACACGGCAACAACCACAAGGUGAGUGAGUCAGUGGGUGGACCCACACACAGCACAGCACAGCACAUCAACCACUGACAGACACGACGACCGAUGUGUGUGUGUGUAUGUGUGUAGCUCAACUCGGUGCAGGGCGGCGUGACGGUGGAAGACGCCUGGGGGCAGGGGCGGGGCUAGGGAGAUAAUCAGACAGACAGGAUUGGGCGUCAAGUGUGGCUGGCUGUCUGUGCAGUGUGAGAGAGUGUGUGCGUUCCUAGUUGCUCUCUGCUACCACCAGUGAUUUGUCUGCCUACGACUGGGAUGAUGGAUGGAUGGGGCGGUGGAUGCCUGGCUGUCUGGCUGCCUCAGGGUUGUGUUGUGUUGUGCCAUGUCGUGUGCAGCUAUAUCUAUCGCCGUACAUGUGGCUGUAUCACUAGCUAAUCGAUCGAUAUCGAUUCCUGUGUACUUGCGCAUUUUUGUCGUCCGUCCCGUCCGCCAAUCCGUCUGUCCGUCUCCCUCGCUCAUAGAACGAACGACUCACUCACUCACUCACUCUGUCUGAUCGACUGACUGACUGACUGCACAACACCUCUCUCUCUCUC